AGGCCCUCCAGCGCGGUGAAAAAACAAAAAUUGUUGUGCUUGUCAGGACCCAAGGAGCGAGCUGCUUGUUUCGGGCACACGGACCGGUCGUCCCUCAUUCCCUCCUCAUCUCCCACCUCUGCUGUGCUCUUCCGCUGUCUUCGUCUCUUUCUGCUUUCCUUCGCUUCUCUGCUUCGUUCUUGCUGCAAGAUAGGAAUUUAAUAGUUGCAAUUGCCCUUCUCCGCCCGCUCCACCACCACCAAGACCUCAACCGCUCACCACAACCACAUCCCUCACCACCACCACCACCAGCAUUACAUCCCUUUCUUCCCUCCCAACGACAUCUCACCCCUCACACCCACGCAACAUCGCUCUCUAUCGCGGCCUCUGGUGGUUAUUCUUACGGCUUCGACUGAUUCUCACUUGACUGUGAGGACCUCCCCAGCCAAAUCGAGGUGCUGGCGUGCUUGCUUCAGUAACAGUUGAUGAUAUAGAGAUACCUCGACGGCACUUCUAUUCUUAAAACUUUUAAACCAUGUACGGCACUUCUACGGGCCCGCAGACGGGCAUCAACACACCCCGCUCCUCGCAGUCCCUGAGGCCUCUUUUCCUCUCCCACGGGUCUCUCGAAUUCUCCUUUCUCGUCCCAACCUCACUCCACUUCCAUGCAUCACAGCUCAAAGAUGCGUUCUCCGCGUCCCUCCCUGAACCCACAGACGAGCUCGCCCAGGAUGAUGAGCCAUCUUCUGUUCCUGAACUCGUCGCUAGAUAUCUCGGUUUCGUUGCGCGACAGGUGGAGGAAGGCGAAGAUGACGCCCAAGGCUCAUACAUAGACUUGCUUAAGCUGGCUCUGAACGAAUUCGAGCGGGCGUUCAUGCGAGGAAACGACGUGCAUGCAGUCGCUGGCUCUCUGCCCGGUAUCACCGCCAAAAAGCUGCUGGUCGUCGAGGCUUACUACGCGGCCCGCGCGUCUGCAGCCAGGCCCACAAAACCUCACGAGUCAGCUUUACUCAGGGCUGCCGCUGAUGGUACUGCAACAUUGUACAGUGUGUACGGCGGACAAGGCAACAUCGAAGAGUAUUUCGACGAACUUCGGGAAAUCUAUUCUACCUAUCCUUCUUUCGUGGAAGAUUUGAUUUCGUCAUCGGCUGAGCUACUUCAAACCUUGGCUCGGGACCCCGACGCGAUCAAACAGUACUCGAAAGGAAUGGACAUCCUGCGGUGGCUUCACGAUCGUGACACUCAGCCAGAUACUGAUUACCUCGUGUCAGCACCCGUCAGUCUCCCGUUGAUCGGUUUGGUGCAACUUGCUCAUUACAUGGCCACCUGCAAGGCAAUGGGCAAGCAGCCUGGUGAGAUCUUGGAACGGUUCAGCGGUACCACCGGUCACUCUCAGGGUAUCGUCACGGCUGCGGUAAUUGCAACCGCAACGACAUGGGAGUCUUUUGGAAAGGCCGCCAAGAAUGCCUUGACGAUGCUGUUCUGGAUUGGAUUGCGUAGCCAGCAGGCUUAUCCACGGACGUCAUUGGCUCCUUCUACCCUCCAAGACUCGAUUGAACAUGGAGAAGGAGUCCCAACACCUAUGCUGUCCAUUCGUGACUUGCCCCGCGCAGCCGUUCAAGAGCACAUCGAUGCGACUAAUCAGCACCUGCCCAAAGACCGCCACAUUGCCAUCUCUCUGGUUAAUAGCGCCCGGAAUUUCGUCGUUACCGGUCCUCCAAUUUCCCUCUACGGUUUGAACUUGCGACUCCGAAAAGUCAAAGCCCCCACUGGAUUGGAUCAAAACCGGGUGCCCUUCACCCAGCGCAAAGUCCGCUUUGUCAACAGAUUUUUGCCCAUUACGGCGCCAUUCCACAGCAAGUACCUCACCUCCGCUUUCGAUAUUAUUGCAGAAGACCUCGAGGACAUCCAAAUCCCCGCAAGCUCACUUCGCAUUCCUGUUUACGAUACCAAUACAGGUGUUGACUUGCGGCAAAGUGGGGAUAAAGAUGUUGUUCCCGCGCUGGUUCGCAUGAUCACAAGUGACCCUGUGAACUGGGAGAACGCCACCGUAUUCGAGAAUGCUACUCAUAUCGUUGACUUCGGUCCUGGCGGUAUUUCAGGUCUUGGGGUUUUGACCAACCGCAACAAGGAUGGUACCGGAGUGCGAGUCAUUCUCGCAGGAUCCAUGGACGGUACAAACGCUGAAGUUGGCUAUAAACCUGAGCUCUUUGAUCGAGAUGAGGAGCACGCGGUGAAAUAUGCGGUAAAUUGGGUCAAAGAAUUUGGUCCUCGUUUGGUCAAAACCUCUGUCGGUCAAACGUUUGUCGACACCAAGAUGAGUAGGCUUCUGGGUGUUCCGCCUGUCAUGGUUGCUGGUAUGACACCCACCACCGUCCCGUGGGAUUUCGUUGCUGCCACCAUGACCGCUGGUUACCAGAUUGAGCUUGCUGGGGGUGGUUAUUACAAUGCCAAAACUAUGACAGAGGCUUUGCACAAAAUCGAGAAAGCAAUUCCUCCCGGCCGUGGUAUCACUGUUAACUUAAUUUACGUCAAUCCCCGUGCGAUGGGUUGGCAGAUACCCUUGAUCGGCAAACUCCGCGCUGAUGGAGUCCCGAUUGAAGGUCUUACGAUUGGUGCCGGUGUUCCGUCUAUUGAAGUCGCAAACGAAUAUAUCGAGACCCUUGGUAUCAAACACAUUGGCUUCAAGCCGGGUUCCAUGGAGGCUAUCCAGCAGGUCAUUAAUAUCGCCAAAGCCAACCCAACUUUCCCAGUUAUUCUACAAUGGACUGGUGGUCGCGGCGGCGGUCACCAUUCCUUUGAGGAUUUCCACCAGCCGAUCUUGCAGAUGUACAGCCGUAUCCGUCGAUGUGAUAAUAUAGUAUUAGUUGCCGGUAGCGGCUUUGGUGGCGCUGAAGAUACUUACCCAUAUUUGACCGGUACUUGGUCUAGACAGUUCGGCUAUCCUUCCAUGCCCUUUGAUGGAUGCAUGUUUGGCAGUCGUAUGAUGACAGCGAAGGAAGCACACACCUCCAAGGCGGCGAAGGAAGCUAUUGCUGCUGCCCCGGGUGUCGAUGACAGUGAGUGGGAGAAGACCUAUAAUGGCCCUGCUGGCGGUGUCAUCACGGUGCGAUCUGAGAUGGGUGAACCAAUCCACAAGCUUGCAACUCGUGGUGUUUUGCUCUGGGCUGAGAUGGACAAGAGAAUCUUUGCUCUGGACAAAGCCAAGCGUCUUCCCGAACUUAAGAAGAAUCGCGACUACAUCAUCAAAAAGUUGAAUGACGACUUCCAGAAGGUUUGGUUCGGUCGUGACUCCUCCGGAAAUACCGUCGAUCUUGAAGAUAUGACUUAUGCGGAGGUCGUCCACCGUAUGGUUGAUUUGAUGUAUGUGAAGCACCAGUCACGAUGGAUUGAUGACUCUUUGAAACGCCUCACCGGCGACUUUAUCCGUCGUGUCGAAGAACGGUUCACAUCUACCGAAGGACAAGCAUCUCUGCUUCAAUCUUACUCUCAACUCGAUAAGCCAUACCCCGCUGUUAGUGAUAUUCUAAAGGCAUACCCCGAGGCUUCCUCCCAACUCAUUAGCGCCCAAGAUGUGCAACAUUUCUUGCUGCUCUGUCAAAGACGAGGUCAAAAGCCAGUCCCAUUUGUCCCUGCACUCGAUGAAAACUUUGAGUUCUGGUUCAAGAAAGAUUCCCUCUGGCAGUCUGAAGAUCUUGAGGCUGUCGUGGGUCAAGAUGUCGGCCGCGUUUGUAUCUUGCAAGGCCCGAUGGCGGCUAAAUACUCGAAUAGCGUCGACGAGCCGGUUAAAGACAUUCUUGAGGGUAUUCACCGCAAUCACAUCAAGGGUCUUAUCCGCGAUGUCUAUCACGGAGAAGAAUCUAACGUCCCUGUUGUGGAAUAUUUCGGCGGUCGCUUGCUUCUUGAAAACGAGGAUGACCGUGACAUCGAUGGCCUGACCGUUUCCGAAGACUCGACAAAGAUUUCUUACAGGCUAUCUUCCUCUCCUUCUGCAAAUCUGCCUGAUCUUGAGCGUUGGCUCCAUCUCCUUGCCGGAAAAGCGUAUUCCUGGAGACACGCCUUUUUCACCGCCGAAGUGUUCAUCCAAGGCCAUCGCUUCCAAUCUAACCCAAUGAAGCGCCUUCUUGCUCCUACACGUGGAAUGUAUAUUGAAAUUGCCAACCCGGAUACGCCACAGAAGACGGUUAUCAGCGUCCGAGAACCCUCCCAGUCUGGUAAAUUAGUGAAAACCGUUGAAGUCCGGAUGAGCAGUAAAAAUGAGAUCUCUCUGACGCUCUACGAGGGAAGGACGGCCGAAAAUGGCGUUGUUCCACUGGUGUUCCAAUUCGUUUAUCAUCCGGAAACUGGCUAUGCACCGAUCAGAGAGAUAAUGGAAGGCCGCAAUGAUCGCAUCAAGGAGUUCUAUUAUCGUAUUUGGUUUGCCGAGAAAUCUGUUCCAUUUGAUACGCCUGCUACCAGCGUGUUUGAUGGAGGAUCCACAACCGUGGUCACCAAGGAUAUUGCUGACUUCGUGCAUGCUGUCGGGAAUACUGGUGAAGCCUUUGUUGACCGCCCGGGCAAGGAGGUAUAUGCUCCUAUGGAUUUCGCUAUUGUUGUUGGAUGGAAAGCAAUCACAAAGCCAAUUUUCCCUCGCGUCAUUGAUGGAGAUCUUUUGAAGUUGGUGCACUUGUCAAAUGGUUUUCGAAUGGUUCCCGGGGCGGAGCCAAUCAAAGUUGGCGACGUUUUGGAGACUACUGCUCAGAUCAAUGCGAUCAUCAACCAAGACUCCGGAAAGAUGGUUGAGGUCUGUGGUACAAUCAAGCGAGAUGGCCAGGCGAUAAUGCAUGUCACGAGUCAAUUCCUUUACAGAGGCACGUAUACCGAUUACGAGACGACAUUCCAGCGCAAAGAGGAGGUGCCUAUGCAGGUCCAUCUGGCGUCAACCAAGGAUGUCGCGGUUCUUCAGUCUAAGGAAUGGUUCCGCCUUGAUGACCCUGAUGUGGAGCUUCUCGGGCAAACUCUCACUUUCCGCCUUCAGAGUACCGUUCGAUUCAAGAACAAGACUGUCUUCCAUAGCGUUGAGACAAUGGGUCAAGUGCUCUUAGAACUGCCAACCAAGGAAAUCAUCCAGGUUGCGUCGGUCGAAUACGAAGCUGGAACUUCCCAUGGAAAUCCUGUAAUUGACUACUUGCAGCGCCACGGCCAGUCUAUCGAGCAGCCCGUUCACUUCGAGAAUCCCAUCCCACUUAGCGGCAAGACACCACUUAUCCUGAAAGCUCCUGCAUCCAAUGAAACCUAUGCACGCGUCUCUGGAGAUUACAAUCCCAUCCACGUUUCUCGUGUAUUCUCUAGCUACGCAAAUCUGCCUGGCACCAUCACACAUGGCAUGUAUACUAGUGCUGCAGUCCGAAGUUUAGUCGAAACCUGGGCCGCUGAAAACAAUAUUGGUCGUGUUCGCAGCUUCCAUGCCUCCCUUGUUGGUAUGGUUCUUCCCAAUGAUGACCUUGUUGUCAAGCUUCAGCAUGUGGGUAUGAUUGCCGGACGAAAGAUCAUCAAGGUCGAGACGAGCAACCAAGCAACGGAAGACAAGGUCUUGCUUGGUGAGGCUGAAGUUGAGCAACCCGUCUCUGCUUAUGUAUUUACUGGCCAGGGUUCUCAAGAGCAAGGUAUGGGUAUGGAUCUCUACAACUCGAGUCCUGUUGCGCAAGAGGUCUGGGACCGCGCCGACAAGCAUUUCUUGGAGAAUUAUGGUUUCUCUAUCAUCAACAUCGUCAAAAAUAACCCGCGUGAAUUGACCAUUCACUUUGGUGGCCCACGAGGAAAGAAAAUACGACAGAACUAUAUGUCCAUGACUUUCGAAUCUGUUAACGCUGAUGGCACGAUCAAGUCAGAGAAGAUUUUCAAGGAAGUGAAUGAACAGUCAACUUCUUACACGUAUAGGUCGCCAUCAGGCCUCCUCUCCGCGACACAAUUCACCCAGCCUGCUCUGACCCUCAUGGAAAAAGCCAGUUUCGAGGAUAUGCGGUCCAAGGGUUUGGUUCAGCGUGACAGUUCAUUUGCUGGACACUCCCUUGGCGAAUACUCUGCCCUUGCUGCCCUUGCUGACGUUAUGCCCAUCGAGAGUUUGGUGUCCGUUGUGUUCUACCGCGGAUUGACCAUGCAGGUGGCUGUCGAACGUGAUGAGCAAGGUCGAUCCAACUAUUCCAUGUGUGCUGUCAAUCCAAGCCGCAUCUCUCCGACAUUCAACGAGCAGGCUCUUCAGUACGUGGUUGAGAAUAUUUCUCAGGAGUGUGGCUGGUUAUUGGAGAUUGUCAACUAUAACGUCGCCAACAUGCAAUAUGUUUGUGCUGGAGAUCUUCGAGCUCUUGACUGCCUUACAAAUGUCCUUAAUGUUCUCAAGGCUCAGAAGAUCGACAUCCAAGCGUUGAUGAAGACCAUGUCUCUGGAAGACGUCAAGGCCCAUCUCGUCGAAAUCAUCAAGGAAUGCAGAAAACAAACCGAAGCAAAGCCUAAGCCACUCACCCUUGAGCGUGGUUUCGCUACAAUCCCUCUGAAGGGAAUCGACGUGCCAUUCCACAGUACCUUCCUUCGCUCUGGCGUGAAACCUUUCAGAUCUUUCUUGCUCAAGAAGAUUAAUAAGUCCACCAUCGAUCCCAGCAAGUUGAUCGGCAAAUACAUUCCCAACGUCACUGCACGUCCUUUCCAGAUCACCAAAGAGUACUUCGAGGAUGUGUACCGACUUACCAACUCUCCCCGCAUCGGCCAUGUAUUGGCUAACUGGGACAAAUACGAAGACCCCUUGGACGCUAGGAAUUAAAAGCAUCAAAGACGUCCAGUUCUUUCGUAAUUUUUGAUUACAUGCCCCAACCACCCCUUUUUUUCCCACCUUUCUUAAUAUUCCCUGCACUACGUAUGAAUAUAGAGCUUCUUAAUACAAAAAUUAUGGUACAUGUGCCCUAUCGAUGUUUCUUUCCUACAGCUUUAUUUUUCUGAAUGCUCCCCUUUUGCCAUUGAUCUGGAACAUGUUUUUGACUGUGUUUGAUUAAGUGUCUAUGUGAUUUUGAACUGUUGAAGAACGCCUGUGUAAUGAGAAUGAGAUCAUGCUCUGAGAUAGAUAAAUAAAGUGUUCCCUGAUUUUCAAAGCCUCAUCAUUGCUCAGCAAGAAUUCAAUAUAUAGGAAUAUCCCGUG